AUGGUUUCGUCGCUCGAUUUGCAGGCAUUGAACAUCUUUCUUAAUGGCCCCAUUACCCAUGACAUGAUCCACAAGUUGGUUGUCGCUACUUUGCAGGUGAUUCCUUGUAAAGACACCAAGUCGCAGACUUACACUACUACCAACAACACCGUCAAGCAAUUGCCCUCGUUGAUGACCUUUUUGACGAAGUUGAUCAAGUACACCAAUGUCUACACAGGCACCUUGAUGGCCACCUUGGUGUUUUUGCAAAAGUUGAAGGACAAGUUGCCUCAGAACGCCCAGGGUCUACCCUGCACACGACACAGAAUCUUGUUGAGCUGCUUGAUCUUGUCGAGCAAGUUCCACAACGACUCGAGCCCCAAGAAUAAGCACUGGGCCAAGUACACCGACGGCCUUUUCAACGUCAAGGACAUUAACCUCAUGGAGAGACAAUUGAUUUAUUUAUUGAACUGGGACUUGAGAGUCGACAACGAGGAAAUGUGCCAUUUGCUCGGCUCCUUUUUGGACCCCAUCAAGUCGCAAAUCAUCAAGAGCGAAAAACUCAAGCUCUGGAGAAAACAGCAACAGCAGCAACAACAGCAACAAUUGCUCGAGCAAGAAGCGCAAAAGAAGGCCAACCUCCUCCACUUGAAGCCCGUUUCACCCACUACUGCAUCUUCAAUUUAUCCAUCGCCCACCUCAUCAAGACCUAAUUCUUGCAGCCCCCACCAACAACAACAAACACUCAACAUUAACCAGAAACCACAGCAGCAAAUCAACCAAUUUGUGCACUACAGACAAGACUCAACAAGCUCUAUCUCUUCCGUGUCGACAACAAAUUCUCAAACGGACGCGUCCAUCUUUAGCAGUUCAAGCCAGAGAUCUUCCGUUUCAUCGUCUACUUCAACCAAUUCCAUCCCCAUGAUUAUGGAAACUAAGCCACAACCACCACCACCGGCACACACUUUAACCAUGGUGGACCCCAUCAUUGAAUUCACUGCGAUGAAGGAAGAGAUUGAAUUGAACAAUUUGUUGAAGAAGUUUGGCAGCAGCAACCUCAAUCUCAACCGAGUCUAA